AUGUGGAAGCGAGAUAGAGCUGCUGUAGUAGCAGGAGUCAUUGUUGGAGAGAAUGGACAAUUCGAAAUUAGCAAAAGUGCGGUAGGUGUUGAAAGCACGGCAAAGCGCACCGAAGACCUCUGUACGCCUCGUGCGGCAAGCAGUGAAGCUAAUCAUUGUACCACGAUACAUACACGCUCAUCUUGCCGGUAUUAA